AUGUUACAAGACGGCACGGACAUUACGGGUACAUUACCAAAGCCAUUAUCAGUGGAUGAACCUGUUCAACAUUAUCUAUCGUCAACAUCAACAUUUUUAACUAAUCAUAUCUUAAAUAUAGCCUUCUCCCCAUGCUCAAAAUAUUUAGCUGUACCUAAACAAGAUAUCUAUGGCCGAGAUCGUGUCGUUGUUAUUCGUUGUUCUGAUUGGCAUUCAACAAUUAAAGAUGAGGAACUAUCCAUACAUAAUCAGUUUAGUUGUACAGCGACAUGUUGGUCAUUAGCAUUUGGCAAACGUCACCAUGAAACAGAAGCCAAGGACGUUCCAAUUCAAAAGAAAUUAUUGAUGUUGUCAAGAAGACGAUCAAGUUUAUCCGCUGUUAAUCGGCGAUUUGAUUUUACCAAAGAUUUAUUCUUAGCAGCAGGAUUAGCCGAUGGAAAAAUCAAUAUUUGGGAUAUAAAUACAGGUGAACUGAUGCUUGUACUAAAAGAUCAUCAGUCUACUGUUCGAUGCUUAUCAUUUACGUCAACUUCAAUGCAAUUAGCAUCUUGUUCAUCUGAUUCAACGGUUAAACUUUGGGAUUUAUUAGAUGAUGGUAAUAUGUAUAAGACGUUGAAUGAAUGGUCAGAUGUUGUUUAUAGUGUCAAAUGGUCACCAGAUGAAACAUUAUUAUGCAUUACAGGACCUGUAGGACAUUUGGCUCUACAUAAUACCGUACAAUGGUCCACACCAAUGAAACUAGUGGGACAUAUUCACAAUGUUGUUGACUGCUCAUUUUCAUCUGAUAGUGCAUUAUUAGCAACAGCAUCCUUUGAUACACGUGUGAUCGUGUGGUCAACAUCAACAGGUGAAAUAUUGAAAGAAUGUUAUCAUAAAACACCGAUGCCAUCGUUGAUUUAUGCUGGCGGAGAUAAUGGUGCAUAUGUGAGAUGUGUGCAAUUUUCAAAAAAUAAUGAUUAUUUAGUGACAGUUUGUGACGACAAUAAAGUACGUUGGUUUCCAUUAUCGAAAAAGAACGGUUUUCCAAUAUAUGAAAAAGAUCAAAGUAAUGUUUUAUCAAUAGCAUGCACUAAAGAUGGAAGAACGCUAGCAAUUGGAACGAGAAAUGGCGAAGUACAUUUAUGGUCAACAUUAUACAGCUUACCACCGAAAUUAAAAAAUUUAUGUCGAAUAAAAUUAAAUUCUGUUGCAAGCUUGAAACGAAAUCAACUCUCAGAUUUACCUUUAUCACAUCAAUUAUAUUUAUAUUUAUUAUAUAAAGAUUUAUUACCAGUGUCUCAAACAGUGCAAAAGAAAUUAUCAAAAUAG